AUGUUCAAUAAUGUUUGCGAGGCCCAUUGGCAGCGUCUACCACAGAUGAAACCUUCUUCUUCUUCUUCUCAUUCUUCUUAUUAUUAUUCUUAUUCUUAUUCUUAUUAUAAUAAUAAUUGUACAGAUGAGAAGAAAAGUGAGGAAGAGAGGAUGUUGAUAUUUCUUCAUAAUUUGUCUGGUCUCUCUCACAGUGAGAGUGAAUGGGAAGAGACGGCGUUAUUACCAUCUACAUUACUGUAUAUAGUUUAUUACUUAGUAUGUAGACAAUGCCCUCUAAUUAGAGAAGAAGAAGAAGAAAUGAACUCUACACACAGUCGAUGGGUUUAUCUCUUCUUUUUUCAUCAACAACAACUGCAAAACACACCAGUGAGAAGAACACGAAAUAUACCUUUUACAACAACAACAACUACUACUACCAAUAAUAAUAAUAAUAAUGAUAAUAAUAAUAAUCAUCAUACUAAUAGUAUGAAUAGUAAUAGUAAUAACGAUGAACGUAAAAUAUCUUUGUUGAUCCUUCGCCAACGUUUGACGGAAUUUCUCUCUCAUUUCUACAGUCAACAACAUUCCACACGUAUUCUCAAGUUUGUCGAUGCCUAUCAUGCCUGGUUAAUGCGGGAUUAUCAUUCAGUUCUCAACAAUUCUUAUCAACAAGAAGAAAAAGAAAGAGAAAAAAAAAGAGAAGAAAAAGAAGAGGAAUAUCUGCAGGAAACUUCAUCAUGUGUACAAACAUCAUCUCUACUCAUGUGGAUUGUUUAUCGAGUUUCUUGGUUUAUGCAUGCCUGUGCACUUAUCGCAACAAGGAAUAUUGUCCAUGCCGCCGUAAGAGAUGAGAUGGAAAAGAAUAUACAUUUGAGAAACUUCAACGUUGAAGAACUGCAGAUGAAUAGAAUGAACGUUCAUUUAAAUUCUUACUUGGAUUCAUCAUUAUCUUUAUUAAAAACAGGAGAAGUAUCAUUAACACUAUCUCAACAAACAACACCAUCUUUACUAGAACGCAUUUACAAUAUCUUCAAAGAGGAACUCUUUCAUAAGAAGAAAACCCAUCAUCAUAAUCAUAAUGAUAACAAUAAUGAUAUCAGCAAGAACACGAAUGAGAAUAUGUACAUGGGUGAUAAAUCUCAGGAGAUUGAGGAAAAGGAUAAGAGUUCUAUCGUAUCUAGUUCUUUUUCUUUUUCUUCUUCUUUGAACUCAUGGCAAGAUGUAUUUCUAUUUGGAUUGCGUGUUUGGCUGCGGGCUAAACAAUACACAGAUGCGGGAAGUAUGUAUACAUCCAGAGAUCUUCUCUUACACAGUAUGGAGAAUCUCUACAAGAAGAAGGAUUACUUUUUCCUCACAUUGUCUACACCUCCUCAUACAAAUGGGAGUAGUGAAGUCAAUAUGUUUAAAAAGGGAAUAGAUAUGAAAGUUCGUCUCUUAUCAUUUCAAUGGCUUCAACAGUUAUUUUUUGUAAAUUGUGCGGCUCUUGCAGAUACCACAACUUUAUUCUCUUUUCUACAAGAAUUAGAACGACCCUUAUCUCUUAUGGAGGUAUUUUAUAUUGCCUCUUGUCCAACACUUGCGGCUGGUGGAGUUCAUUCUUCCAUACUCACAUCCUAUACUCUCUUUUUUAAUGAGAUGCGAUCUUCACAUGGGAUGUUAAACAUAAUGAUGGACACUUUAGACUAUUUACCACUUCCUGUACAAAUACAAUUAUUAGGUCAUUCUAUUUGGCAACAACGAAGAGUACUUUUACAUGAAUUACCACGAUCUCAGGAAGAAGGUAUUAUUUAUAGUGAACGUCGUUUAUUCGUACAGUGGGAGUUAUUACGUCUUUGCGAGGUAAUUGUUCAUCGUGUAUGUGGAUUAUUUGGAUCAUUAGAGUUAUCAUUUACAGACUUUGCUCCUCAUCGUAUUCUCUUUGAUGCUAUUACGAUUGCCUGUGAUGUGCAGGAGGAUAUGCUUAGAGGUGCUGCAGAACCAAUAAGAGAAGUUCUCUCCUCUUCAUCAUCAUUCUCCUCCUCCUCCUCCAUGAGUUCUUCCUCUUUUCACAGCAGUAAUAAUAAUAAUAAUAAUAAUAAUAAUAAUAAUAAUAAUAAUAAUAAUAAUAAUAAGAGGAAGAGGAGGAUGAAGAAGAUGAUGAUAAGAAGAAGAAGUAAUAGUGAAAGUGAAAGUAGAAAUGGUUUGGGAACGAUUGGGAGAUCAGAGGAAGUUCCUAUAUUUUCUAAUGCUCCUAUGGAAGACAAUGAGACAUCUCUAACUAAAUCCCCAGAUAACAUGGCCACACCAUAUUUGUUAAAUAGACAAUAUGAGAAUCAUGAUAAUCAUAAUAAUAAUAGUAAUAAUGAUAGUGAUAAUGAGAGUAAUAGUUGGUUGGCUGUGAAUUUUGCCUCCAGAACACAUCCUCAAUCUUCACAAGAUAAUUCUAUCAAUACAUCCUCCUUAUCUAGUAUAGAUACGAUUUGCACAACUACACCACAGGAACUCUAUUGGUUUGCCCAUAAUAGUACCAUACAGUGGAUGAGUCUUCUUGAACAGCAUUAUCCACAUUUGCCUCUCUCUUUACAAAUAUGUCGUAUGCGAAUAGCGGCAGCGGCUUUUGAUAAAUCCACAUUACGAUUAGCACGAGAAUUAUUGAAAACAUUUCAUCAUAAUGCUUUAGCAAAAGCCCAUAGUGCGAUGGCACUCUUUGCAAGUCUUCAUAUUGUACAUGCAGAGCGAUGUAUUCGUGAGGCACUUCAGCAGUAUCCACACUCUGUGGAAAUACAACGUCUUCAACGGGUUAUUUGUGGUAAUGAGGGUAUUAUAGAAAAUAUGAGAAGAGAUGCUAAACAUGAACAAGAAGAUACAGCACGAAUGAAAUUAUUAAAAGAAAAGAUUCAUCCUAUUUAUAUUUACCGUUAUCGUGGAGUUCUUCCUUUACAAUAUGCUAUUUCCAGACAUAAAGGUAUUUUACCCUAUAUCUCUUUAUCUCUUAUAUUUCUAUGUACUCUCUUUUUGGGAUUGAGUCUUUUAUUACAUAUAAGAGAUAGUCAAUCGACAGAUCUCGAUUAUAAUGAUAAAUCCAAUAUCUGGGAUAGUAAUAGUAAAAGUGAGAGUACUAGUAGUAGUAGUAGUAGUGUUAAGAAUAAUAAUAAUAACAGAGAUACUGCAGAGUAUAGAUGGUCUUUUAAAUUACCAUUUGUUUUACCAAUAUAUUUAGGGUUUGGUAUCUUGAUUUACGGUAUAUGUGCAGCAUUAAUAGUUCCUUUCUUUGUAGAGAAAAAUAAGCAGAAAGAAAAGGAUAAAAGUAGAUGGGAAAUUAUAUCAAGAUUUCUUCGAAUUCUUAUGUAUAAUGCAUGUCUUGUUAAUGAUGUUUCUAAUCGAUUUGUUUUUUGUUUACGUGGUUUGCCUUUAAUAAAUUUUGUGAUUGUAUGCCAACUUGUUGUGAGUAAUGCGAUUCGAAUGAAUCAUCAUACCAAAGAAGAGUCUUCUUGUAAUGAUGAUAUUAAUAAUAAUAAUAAUAAUAAUAAUAAUAAUAAUAAUAAUAAUAAUAAUAAUAAUAAUAAUAAUAAUAAUAAUAAUAAUAAUGAAUGUGAUCGUAUCUUUACAGAAUGGAGUAUACUUUCAUUACUUAUGAUUCUAUUCAUACUUGUAAUGAAUAUUCUUUUUUAUGGACGUAUUUGGCGAUUAUUACGUAGCUAUGAUAUUAUAAAAGGAGCACUUCCAACGUUUAUCACAGUAUUUCUUAUGGAUUUUAUUUUUUUUAUUAUAAAUUUUCCUUUUUUAUUCUUUUCAUCUGUGUUGUUGGAGCCUUUUCUAUUUCUUAUCAUGAUCCUUUUCAGUAUUCCAACAUUUUUACCGCUGAGAAUGGAGAUGUUGGUCCUAUGUGAACAUUACCCAACUAUUCCAGAUGAUGAAUGGUUGGCCCCACAGGCAUUAAACCAAAAUGGAGAUCAUUCAAUAACCUCUACUACUACCACUAGUAGUAGUACUAAUAAUAAUAAUAAUAAUAAUAAUAAUAAUAAUAAUAAUAAUAAUAAUAAUAAUUCUCUUUUUUGUAUUGAAAUGAGAUUAAAAUUAUGUAAACAACUUUUAAAAAGUUUACCACCAUUACAUUGGUUACGAAAACAAAGGCAUGAUUGUCCAAUUCUCUGUGCACAUCUCUUGUCUAAACCACAUUUAACAUAUAAUGGGGAUUUAUCAUUUUUUUCUUAUCUUAUUGCUGUUAUUAUAUGUUCUUUGGCAGGAUUAGCAUCUCAUGGUAUUGGAUGUUGUCUUUUAUUAAAUCGUAUAUUUUACUGGCGAACACAUCGGGAGCCUUGGCAAAGUGUAUCUGCUAUUCAAGUGGCACUUUUACGUGAAACCUGUUUGGCAAUAUUUCCUGAGAUUUCUGAAGUUUCCUCUAUGCACAAUAGUGAAUUAAUAGUUAAUAAUAAUAAUAAUAAUAAUAAUAAUAAUAAUAAUAAUAAUAAUAAUAAAUAUCCGAUGUCCAGUAAUCACAUUACAUGUAUCACUCCAGUUCAAAAGGGGAAAACCAUUUCAACAGUCCCAUAUGGAUAA